CGGGAUGGAUGGCCGGUUGCGUCGAGCGGUCGGGCUAGAAAUUGUUUUACGCUUGCUCAUUAAACGAAAACCAGCCUUUCGCGAGUUUGGAUUAUUUUUGCCGGAAGAGGCAGUGGCACUCUCAAUGCCAACCGUCAUUGCGUGCGAAGCCAAAGAGUGCGACGAUGACUCAUAGCCCCUAAGACGAGGUUCCGAGCAUCUGCCCCCUCCAGCUGGCCCCCGGGCAGAGAUGGAGCUGGAGGCCUGGAAGCUGUUUGCCCUGGUGGGGCUGUUUGCCCUCACCCUGGCCAUGGUGUUCCUGCCCCUCUUCUUCUGGGGACACAUCAGACGUGUCCAAGACCCCCACAGGAGGCACGUCUAUGAGACGGGGGUGUCUCUGCUGAGCUGUUUCGGAGGUGGCGUGUUCCUGGCCACCUGCCUGCUGCACCUGCUGCCCGAGGCCCGCAGCCAGCUGGACAAGGGGCUGCUGGAGCGCUGGGGACACCUGCCGGCCUUUCCGCUUCUCGAGUUCCUCUGCAUCCUGGGGCUUCUGCUCGUGCUUGUCAUGGAGCAGGUGACACUGUCCUGGAAGGAGGGUGAAGAAAUACACCACGUCCGAGGGUGCCACCCUCCCCACACCCCGCUGGGCGCUGCGCCCGUGGCCAACUACGGCAGCGUCGAGCACCUACCCGGCGACUGGACACCCCCCGAGGAGGCCGAAGAGGGUUCCCCCUCAAUUCACAACGACCCCAACUCCCACUCGACUCUCCGUGCCCUCGUCCUCGUGCUGUCUCUCUCCCUGCACUCGGUCUUCGAGGGGAUCGCGCUGGGGCUCCAGCCAGACGGCGCUGCCCUUGCGCAGCUGCUCGCGGCCAUCGCCGUGCACAAAAGCGUCCUCGCCGUCACGCUCGGCCUCAACCUGGCCCACAGCAGGCUGGGACGGGUGGGGGUGGCCGCGUGCGGGCUCACGUUCGCGGCCAUGGCCCCGUUCGGGAUGGGGCUAGCCAUGCUGCUGCUGCUCGGCACCCCGCAGACGGGGGCGGCCCUUUUGGAAGGUGUCCUCCAGGGGCUUGCCUGUGGCACCUUCCUCUACGUUACCUUCUUUGAGGUGCUGCCCCACGAGAUGAGCCACUCUCGCCACCGGCUCCUCAAGCUGCUCGGUGUGCUGCUGGGGGUGGUGGCUGUCACCGCGCUCUGCCUCUCCUUCCCGCACUCCUGAGGACAGACGACACCCGCCGGCACCUUCGCCACGCGUGCCGCCGCCGCUUUCCCCGCCCCCCAAAACUGGAGGCUGCACCGGCACGUCUAGACGGCAAUGCGGUAGUACCGGCGGUUCUGCGUCGCUAAAGAAAGCCCGCAAGGGACGAGGGCUGGACACAACCGCUGCGUCGGCGUCCGGCCGGGGAUCACGUUCUUGCCGAUUUAACGCGAGUUCCGGCCAGACAGUGCGUCUAAUCUGUGCCCCGCAUUCGUCUCCUUUAGGUGACGCCAGAAAUUCGGCACAAAAGGCCAAUUCAUGCAGCACCGUUUCCGUAAGUUGCGAAGCUUGUGUUGAGAUAUGACUCCAAGUCACCGGCACAUCCGUGCUUCGUAUUGAGCGUUGUGACCAGUUGAAGGAGUAGCUUGGCACGCACAAUACGAAGCACAGAUGUGCCGUCGACUCAUGGCCGUAUCUCGACGUAAGAGGACGUAGGCUUUGUAACGUAAGAAAACAGUGCUGCAUGAACCAGCCUAAAAGCUCCAUUAUCUAGGAGUAGUUGGCCAUACUGGUGAGGGCGUCUGCAAUGUUGCAUGCGAAGUCGCGCCGGGCUGCGUUACGUCGUCUGCCUUCCCCGAACAGAGGGACGUGCCGACUCAUAAACUGAAAGCCACUGCCGUGGCAUGUGUCGACGAAAGAGGAGUUGUUGUGCCCGGAACAAUUGUCGGAAGCGAAAUGAUCUGCCCAAAUGUUAAUUUCUAACAUCACUUUUGUGGCGAAAGCUCGUAUGCUGCGAGGUAUUAGAUAUAUAAUAUAUGAGCUAUAUAAAAAGAACAAAAAGCAAUAUUGUGAUACUUUUGCUGGAAGCCAGUAAGCAAUAUCGAGAAUCUAAGCGUGAAUGUUUCGGGAGUCUGCGGGUAACUUCGGAGUAGCCUAAACUCUUGUUUUUUUAUGGAUCACAGAAAUAAAGACGACAGCAAUGCUUG